UAUCCAGCACUUUGGCCGAUUCUCAACGAUGUACAGAAGCAAAUCCGUCAUCGCGUAUCUGCAGCCCCAGCGCAAACUGCUAACCCCCAAGAUGUGCGACAAACGUCUGUGCGCCUGCGAGAAGAAGACGAUGCCAGGCUUCAUGAGCCCGAGCGACGAGCGUGUGAAGGCCCUCGAGCAGGCCUACUCCGAGUUCGCGAAGAUCGAUAGCAAGUCGCUGCUGAAGAAACACUUAACGCAGCAGGUGUUCGAUAUGCUGAAGUGUCGCCUAACCAACGCCGGCUCCACUUUGAUGGACGUGAUCCAAUCUGGUCUAAAGAACCCUGACUCCAACGUCGGCUUGUACGCGCCUGAUCAACACGCUUACGACGUGUUCGCCGCCCUGUUCGAUCCCGUGAUCGAGGAAUAUCACGGUGAUUUCACGUCCACCGACGUUCACCCGGACCUGGACUGGGGUGAGCCUGAGCAGCUAGGCGAUCUGGAUCCCGAGGGACGCUUCGUGAUCUCGACGAGGAUUCGUUGCGCCAGGUCGGUCAACGGAUAUCCGUUAAAUCCCACCAUGACCGAGGCUCACUAUAGAAACCUGGAGGCAAAGGUGCAGCAAGCCUUGAGCUCGUUAGACGGUGAACUGAAAGGGACUUAUUACAGCCUGAUCGCGAUGGACAAGGAGACGCAACAACAACUGAUAGACGAUCACUUUCUGUUCAAGGAGGGCGAUCGAUUUUUAGAGGCAGCCAACGCCAAUAGGUUCUGGCCAACCGGCAGAGGAAUAUUUUUUAACGAGGCAAAAGCUUUCCUUGUCUGGUGCAACGAAGAGGAUCACAUGCGUCUGAUAUCGAUGGAGAAGGGUGGUAACCUGUCGUCCGUGUACUCCAGGCUUGUUAAAGCGGUUACCGAAGUCGGCAAGAAAAUACAAUUCUCGCGGCACCAACGGUUCGGCUUCCUCACAUUCUGCCCGACCAACCUGGGAACAACCAUCAGAGCCUCCGUUCAUGCCCGGUUCCCCAAAUUGAGCGAGGAUUACGCCAAGUUCGAAAAAAUCGCGAACAUGUACAAUCUUCAGAUAAGAGGGACCAGAGGCGAGCACUCGGAGAGCAUAGGAGGCGUCUACGACAUCAGCAACAGACGGCGACUGGGCCUGACCGAGCGGGAAGUGGUCUCCGAGAUGAGAAACGGGGUGCUCGAGAUGAUCAAACACGAGAAACAACUGCAGGGGUAGCGGCAGUAAUAU